AUGGCGGGCGCAGAGCAGGCGAUGGUGAAAGUUCGCAUCUCGCAGGGCGAGCUGCUCGGCCGCCGCCGGCGCACAGUGUGGGGGUUCCCCUACUGCUGCUUCCAGGGAAUCCCCUACGCGGCGCCACCGGUCGGACCACUCCGUUUCAAGCCGCCUCAGCCGGCUGCCGCUUGGAGUAUACUCCGAGAUGCGACCAAAGAGGGCAACGUCGCGCCACAGAUGGACAUGCUGUUGGGGAAGUACACCGGCGACGAGAACUGCCUCUUCAUCAACGUCAGCACGCCCAAGCUGCCGUCAGAGUGCUCUGGUGGUCAGCUGCCAGUGAUGUUCAUGAUCCACGGAGGAGGCCUGGCCGCUCUGUCGGGCAACGAGGACUUCUUCCGUCCAGACUUCCUCAUAGAAAAGGGCGUCGUGUAUGUGUCCUUCAACUAUCGCCUCGGAGUGCUGGGCUUCUUGUGUGCGGGUGACCGUGUGGUGCCGGGGAACAUGGGCUUCAAGGACCAGGUGAUGGCGCUGCGCUGGGUCAAGGACAACAUCGCCAACUUCGGCGGCGACCCCGACAACGUCACCAUCUUUGGCUGCAGUGCAGGGGCGUGGUCCUGCCAUGCCCUCGUCCUCUCUCCACUGGCCAAGGGCCUUUUUCGGAGGGCCAUUGCGCACAGUGGCGUGGCUGUGGGGGACGGUGUGUGCUCUGACCGCAUGCGGGAUCGCUCCUUCGCGCUUGGCGCCCACCUGGGCCUCAAGACAGGCGACGCCAAGCAGCUGGUGGACUUCCUGAGGAAACAGCCGCCGCAGCUGCUCGUUGAGAACGCCAUGUUCGGCCGCACUGAAGAGGAUAAGGCCCGCGGUGUGCUGUUCCCGUUCGUGGGCACAGUGGAACCAGCUGAUGCUGAGGGCGGGGCCUUCUUCCCGCGGGACCCCACGCAGCUGCUGCGCUCUGGGGACUUCCAGCAUGUGCCACUGAUCACGGGUGUCUGCACCAAUGAGGGCUCCGUCUUUGCUGCAGAGGUCGUACCUGACACGGUCCGCGAAUCCAGCUACGCUAAGAACCCCCGCCUGCUGAUCCCCACCAACCUGCGCUGUCCUGAAGCGGACAGGGACGACGUGGCCGAGGAGAUUCAGUGCUUCUACUUUGGAGACCGCGACAUCGGACCCGACACGCAACUGGAGCUCUUCACACUUCUAGGGGACCUGAUGUUCAUAUACCACGCUGUGCGAGUGGCCAAAAUACACAGCUCCAAGCCGACAGCCCCAGCCCACUUCUUCGUUUUCCACUACACGAAUGAGCAUCUUCCCGAAGGGCCACUAGGAGAGGUGGCCCGAAAGCUCAGGGAGAAAUUUAACGGCGCUGGUCAUGGACAAGACUUCCCGUAUUUCUGCCGCGGCACCAUUUACGGAGAUCCACCGCCAAAAGAUACCUUCGAAGGGAAACUCGCCGAUCAACUGACGCGCCUCUGGACCAACUUCGCCAAAACAGGCCAAGUAGCAGACCCCGAGGAGGAGGUGUCAUGGCCGCCUUUCACAGAGAAGGAUCAAUGCUUCCUGCACAUCACCAGCGACGGGCUGAACAUAGCUAGGCGGCCGUUCGAGGAGCGGGUGGCCUUCUGGGACAAACUAUACGACCGAUACGACAGCUAGCAGCAGUUUACAAUCCAGCUGCAUCAGAAGAAACCGCGGAAACCUUCUCAUGGCAUGGACAUUACCCACGUUUCGUUUGUAACGACAGAAGCUUCUGGUUGAAAUACACCUAUCUCUAGGAAAUGCAAUGAGUAUUUUAUCAACAACGGUAAUGUGAAAUUCCGGCAGUACACACCUAAUAUAUGUGUAACUAUACCUGUUCUGUCUAUGUAAUGUGAUUGUACAGAACUUCAGACAUUUGCGUUAUGCUGUUAUUCUAUUUACCCUGUCCAUUGGGCAAAUAUGCAAUGGAGUGGGGCUAUUCGGAUAGAGCUUGGAGCUAUUUCAGUAAGA